AUGUCAGCCGUGACGGCUCAGCCCCUGCCGUUCGGCUGCCUGGAGAGGGAGAAGCACAUCGAGACGCUUUUCCGGGCUUUCCAAGGCAAGCGAAGGUGCUCCACAGAGGUCCUCCCAGGCUCUUCUGCGGCAUCUUGCUCUUUGAGGGAGGCGGGUUUGCCCCGUUCCCGGGGAGUAGAGGACCAGUCACCCAGGCUGGGCUGGGAGGGCGAAGAGGAGGGCCGUGCGGGACUCAGGAGAGGAGCCGGAGGGGUGGAGAUGAGCAUGCAGGGGGGUAAUCGGUGUCCCGGCACAGCACCGACAGAGGGCCUGGCCCUGCUGGAUGGAGCCAGCCAGCUGCACAUCACAGCCAAACCGGAGCUACAAGGUCCGCACUGUGUACCACGCCGGACAUACAGCAUUGCUACAGGAAACAGGGACCAGCUGUAUGUAGCUGUUGAAGAAAGCUCAUGCCUAUGCCUGCAGUGCUGUGGCCCGGCGCGCUCCUGCUCCCUGCGGGGGUUCGACCGGCAGGCGCGGCAGGUCUUCCUGUUCGAGAGGCCCCUGAGGGCGGACGCGUGCUGCCUGGGUUGCUGCCUGAUGGAAAUGAGGGCUUUCAACGCCGACCGCCAGCUGAUCGGGACCGUGCACCAGAGGUGGAGUGUUUUCACCCCCCUCCUGGAGAUCUGCGACUCUGACGGGACGUCCACCGUGAGAAUCCAGGGGUCCUGCUGCCCCUGCCGCUUCUAUUCCAACCAGGAGUUCCAGGUGGUUUCGUCCAUUGGGGAGAGUUUGGGUCGGAUAUGGAAGAAAUGGCCUGGUUUCAAUGAAGAAUGCAACAUGGACCAUGAAUAUUUUGGCCUGGAUGUCACUCAAGAAAUGAGCACAAAGACUAAAGUGCUUCUGCUGGCAGCCACAUUCUUGCUGAAUCACAUGUUCUUUGAGAUGAGUUAACCUGGGCGGAAAAGGUCGGGCAGGGAGAUUGAGCAAUCACUCUGAAAGGUGGCGAGGUCGUCGACGCCGAUGGGAUCAAAAGGAGUGAGGAGUCCAUCGUGGCCACGCUUCACUCCACUCUCGGACACCACAGAAUGGCACAUUCUUGUGAUGAAGGGGACAAAGCAUGAAACCCCCCUCUCAGUGGGAUUAUAAACAGCACUGGACAGAACUGUGGGCCAUGGUUCAACGCUGUGCACUCAACCUCUAUGCCUGCAUGCAAAAAAAUGGACUCAUUUCCUGUGUAACCUGCUCUCGGGCUGACACUUCGCAUAUAUGGUCACACCUCUCUAAAACACCAGCGGAAAUAUUCUUCUCUGGCUUUCUGGAGACAGCAAGUCAAACAAAACAUUAAAACCUAACCUCAGCUAACAGGUCUAUAUUUCACGUUAUGUUUUUUUCAUAUCGUACAGGGAUCAAAUGUUGCACAUUAUCAUUCCAUUGGUAAUAUUUUUUUCCAGACGUAUGCUCUUGAAUAAAC